GCGCAUUGUUCGCGCACGCUUUCAACAGAAAACAUGGCCUCGAUACUGCGGUCGAGCAAAUUUGUGCGAUAUUUCGCCGGUUUUGCACGAAAUCUGGUGUUCAGCACUGCCCGCGAAACGGAAAGCAGCUUCGUCCAGCAAUCGCAAUGUCUGUGUGGUAAUUUCACCAGCGGUUUUGCAACUGCUGCCACCAAGAGCAAGAAUGGACUGGACCGGUCGCUGAAGCGGCUGGACGAAGACGUGCGCCGUUCGGGCCGCAUCUCCCGGCGGGACCUGGAGGAGGUGCUGGAGGAGAUCCGCAUCAAUCGUUCGGCCACAAGCGCACAAUCCCUGCUGGUGAUUCGGUGCUGCGGCAAUUUGGUGCCGGAAGAGUUGCCCGAAGUGCGUACCGCGCUGGUGCAGGAAAUAUGGAAAACGCUCAAGAACCUGAACGUGGCCAUGGAUGUGUCGCACUACAAUGCGCUGCUGCGCGUGUACCUCGACAACGAGCAUCCGUUCUCGCCGACCGAGUUCCUGGCCGACCUGCAGUCGAAGGGCAUCGAGCCGAACCGGGUCACGUACCAGCGGCUGAUUUCGCGCUACUGCCAGCAGGGUGACAUUGAGGGUGCAACCCGGAUCUUGGAGUUUAUGCGCGAGAAGCAGCUGCCGGUGAAUGAGUACGUCUUUAACGCGCUCAUCAUGGGUCACUCGCAGGCAGAUGAUCUGGAAUCGGCAACCGGAAUCUUGGCGGUGAUGGCACAGGCAGGCCUGCAACCUUCCGCCGACACGUACACAACGCUACUGUGCGGUUACGCCCGCAAGGGCGAUAUUGAUUACAUCUGCAAAACGAUCGACAGCUGCGAGCAGAAGGAAAUCUUCCUGCUCGACAAGGACAUCCUGGAAAUCAUCUACUCGCUCGCCACCAACGGCCAUCCGGAGAAGGUGGACCGGUUGGUGGAGAAAAUUCGUCGCCAGGCCGGCUACAACCAGGACGCGGUGAACGUAAUCCUGCGCCUAAUCAACCGUGGCUACGAGGAGGUAGGCCUGAAGGUGCUCCGUACGAUGCCCCGUGCAUCGAAGAACGACGGUGAGCUGGCCAACACCGGCAGCUUCCUCGUGCGGCAGCUGGUGCGCGCCAAACGGCCGGCAGAGAAGGUGGUCGAGAUUUGCAAGGAGUUGCAGGACGGUGGUAUGAACGAUCGGGCCUACCUGAUCGCCCUCGAGACGGCACUGAAGGGCGGCGAGGUUGAGCUAAGCUUUGCCCUGCUGGAGGAGCUGGUGAAGCAGAAUCAACCGAUCCGGCAGCACUUUUUCUGGCCGCUGAUGUGCGCAAACGACCCCAAGUGGACGAAGGAGGAGCGCACCGAGCGUGUGCUGAACGUGCUGCGGUCAAUGGCGGAAAAGUUCAAGAUCUACCCGAGCGGCGAGACGGUGCGCGAGUAUGCCGUGCCGAAUCUGCCGGUCAGCAACAGCGAGAUCGUGAUACAGCUGCUGCGCAGCGCUGGCAUAUCGCUGGCCGUCGCUAGCUCGAGCUGUGCGUACGUCGCGCUCGAGCGAAACAAUCUCAAAGAGGCGGCCAACAUUGCCGCCCGCUACCGGGCGUUCUAUUCGCCCGGCAUCUACCGCAAACCGCUGGUGCAAGCGCUGCUGCAGUCGCGCGACGUCGACUCGUACGUGCGGUUCGCGCGUGCCAUGCACGAUGGGCUGGUGCGUAACCGGUCCGGGGAGGAGGAAAGCGAGCCGGUUGCGGAGGGGGAAAGCAACGGAAACAGCACGGAAGCGGUGCAGGCCGAAACGAUGGGCAACUUGAUCUACGACGCGGUUGGUGCGUUCAAAACCGAUCGGGUCGAGAUGGUGCGCAAGAUACUGACCGGGUUCGUCAACCAGGGCCUUUCGAUUAGCAACGGACUGGCGGAAAAGAUCCAGGAGCGGAUGGGCAGCGAAAUGACGGCCGACAUCUCGAGCAUGCUGUCGAAGCUGGCGGCGGGCGAUUUGGAACCGAUCGAGCUGGAACGGAAGCCGGCCCAGGGUCAGCAGCGGCAAAAGACACCGAUCGCCAGCCUGUCCGUGCCGCAGCUCGAGCGGCUGGUGGCGGAUCUGGAGGCGCGCAAGGAAAACGCCAAUGCGGUCAAAUCGCAACUGAUCCGGUCGGUGAUCCGGUCGAACGAUAUCGACAAGACGAGGGAGGUGCUGCAGAAGCUGGAGGGCGAAAACUACAUCGUCAGUCCGGGCGUUUACGGCAUGAUGAUCGACAUGCUGGCCACGAACGGCAAGCUGGAGGAAGCGUUCGAGCAGCUGAAAGCAGUCAAAGCCAAGCAGCCCGACUUCCAGCUGGAUCGCGUCAAGGUGGUACGGUUGGCGCACAGUCUGCUGGAGGCGGAGCGGUUCGACGAGGCGCUUGCGUUCCUGCAGACGAACGCACCGACCGCCGUGACCGCGGUGGAGGCGGGCAAGGAGCAGGAGGAGCCGCAGCGUGAGGUCGACUUUGUGUACAACAGUGCGUGCUGGCGACUGCUCAACACGCUCGCGGAUCGCGGCAACGUGCAGCAGGUGAACCAAAUGUUCGACCACCUGAUGGACAAGGGCUACAUUACGCCGCAGAACAUUUUCCUCGGCUCACUGAUCAAGGUGCAUCUGGUGCGGGAUGAUCUGCCGGCGGCGAUGAACACGUUUGCCGACAUCUGCCAGAAGCACCGCACGACGCCGUGGAAGACGGAGCUGACCUGUCGGUUGAUACAGGCGGAAGAUGCCACCAACCUGCAGCGGCUGACCGAUCUCAGCACGGAGGUGCACGGCGAGGUGAACAGUCUGUACGAUCUCGUGUUUGCGUUCGUCGACUGUGGGCGCAUCCGGCAGGCGCGCAAGAUACUGGAAACGCCCGGCCUGCGCACGCGCUACCAGCGCAUCCAGACGGCGUGCGAACGCUAUCAGCAGGAGGGCAAAACGGCCAGCCUGGAGGGGCUGAUGGAGGCGACCAAGGAUUUGAGCCAUAUCGACCGGAGCGAGAUCUACCACAAGCUGCUGCAGAGCUACAUCACCGAGAAGGAUGCGGAAAAGUCGCUCGGGCUGUGGACGCGCAUGCAGGAGGAAAGCGUCUCCCCGUCCGACGCGUUCCUGACGGAGUUGGGCGAGUUUUUGAAGAGCAAUGGGUACGAGGUUCCGUUCGCAAUGCCUGCGCAGGCAGCAAAAGCGGCAAAGGAAAGCCAACCCAAGCAGGCGAAGGGCGCUAAACAGGGAGUGGCUGCUGCGGCAGCGGCACCGAAACCAUCGGCCAAACAGGAACCGAAACGUCCCCAGUCCAGCGGUCCCAUGCGUGAGCUGAAGCUGGCAAUUAAAGCGAACAACCCGGACCGUAUCCUGGCCGCUUACGAAGCGCUGGACGGAACGAGCGCCCAGAAACCCAACCUCACCGAACAGUCGGCCGUUAUUGAGGCGCUCGUCAACCGGGACCGUCUUACCGAAGCGUCCAAGCUGGUGCUGGACCUGUUGGAGCAGAAGCUGUUCCCGAUUCCGCGCACCUUCAAGUACUUCCUCAACAAGCUCGCCAUCAGCGGCGAUGUGGCGACCUUCGACCGCAUCGGUGCGCUCAUCUCGGACGACCUAAAGCGGCAGAUCUCGUUCGACAAUCGGCUCUGCCACGCGAACGUGUCGAACGGCAACGCCGACCAGUACCUGCGCCAGCUGGAGGAAGCGGUCGGCAAGGUGAAGGACAAGGAGGAAGCGAUCGCGGCGGCCAAGCACUUCCCGAUCGGUGGCGCUUCGGGCAUCCUCGCCAAGCACCCGGAGCUGCACGAGCGCUACGAGCAGCUGGCGGAAUCGUACGCCAAAUGGGGCCUGCUGGCACCGGUGAACGCUCUCUGGAUCCAUUACUUCAUCGACGGUGCGACGGAGAAGGAGAACGGCAUCUGGACGCGCCACCUGAGCGACAGCUCGCGCAUCAUGUUCCAGAAGAUCAUCCAGCAGGCGCGGGAAGCGAAGGACGAGGUGCUGUGCCGCCGGCUGAUCGAGAGGCUGCGCGACUCGAAGGUGUCGGAAAAGGGCAAGGGGCUGAUCUACAGCUGCAUGCUGGACAUUCUGGUGGCGAAGGAGCGGCCGGAAGAGGCGCUCGCGACGCUGGAGGAAGGGCUGAAGGUGACGUGCCUGGAGAACCUGAACCGGACGGCACUGAAGCGGCUGCAGGAAAGCUUGGCCGCAAAGGGCAAACCCUUCCCGCACACCAUUCCGGCGAAGAGCGGCAAGGCGGCGGCCAGGGACCCGUCCUCCACCAGCAGCAGCGACAGUGACAGCGAGAGCAGCAGUGACGAGGAAGCGACCAAAGCGGCGGCCAAGUCUGCCAGCAAACCAACCACCAGUAGCAGCAGCAGCAGCAGCAGUAAGAAUCUGUUUUAAGGCAUUUGCAAGCGUUCUGUGACGCGUUGUGUUUUCUAGCUAUAAGUGUAGAUUCACUAGUGGUGUGAAACCGAGAAGCUUUAGAGAAAUAUCAGGACGACGUCACGAAAUCAUCUUCAAAGGCCACGCGCACCCUCGCGGCCUUUGUAUUUAAAUCAACCAGCAUUAGUCACAAACCAUAGAUUAUGUACGUGUUUAGGUAUAGUUGGCUUUUGUUUUGCUUUGCUCGCUUAUUGGGAAUUGAGCGUGAGCACAAUAAAAUUCCAAGCCACAACUUAA